AUGAAGGCCGUUGUAUUCAAAGAGGUUGGGUGCAUAGAGAUUGUUGACCGACCCAAGCCUCACAUUCAGCAUACCACAGAUGCUAUUGUAAAGGUGCUUCACACUAGCAUUUGUGGCACUGACCUCCAUAUAAUGCGUGGACAUGUACCAACAUGCAUGCCAGGUCGCAUUUUGGGACACGAAGGAGUUGGAGUCAUCGACACCUUAGGAACAGGAGUCACCGGCUUGAAUAUCGGGGACCUCGUUCUGAUCUCCUGCAUCUCAGCCUGUGGCACAUGCAAAAGGUGCCGGGCCGGAAUGACCUCGCAUUGUGUGACAGGUGGCUGGAUAUUGGGACAUACAAUUGACGGGACGCAGGCUGAAUAUGUGCGAAUUCCACAUGCGGCAUUCUCACUAUACCCUUUGCCUUCGACUAUUGAUCCCCAGAUUGCGGUAGCCCUAUCUGAUGCCUUUCCCACGGCAUACGAAUGUGCCAUUCUUCCUGGGAAAGUGCAGCCAGGAUCCACCCUCGCUAUCGUGGGUGCUGGCCCCGUGGGACUGGCUGUGUUGAUCCUAGCGAAGCUGUUCUCGCCGAAGCUAGUGGUAUUGAUAGGAAAGGGUGAACCCCGAUUGGCUGCUGCAAUGCAGUUAGGGGCCGACCAUGUCCUCAGCUCCUCUCUAGGAAAUGAAGAAAUCACCAAGUCAGCUCUGGCAGUCAGUGAAGGGGAAGGAUAUGACACUGUGGUUGAGUGUGUUGGAAUCCCUGAAACCUUUGAUCUCUGCCAGAGUCUUCUUGGGCUAGGUGGUAUACUCACUAAUGUCGGGGUGCACGGGUCAAAGACGGACUUACAUUUGGAGAAUCUAUGGUCCAAGAAUAUAUCAAUCACAUGUCGACUGGUGGAUACGACUACACUGAUCCAACUCUUGAGCUUGUUAGAGAAAGGCAAGAUUCAUCCAGGCCUAUUGAUAUCGCACCGUUUUACGUUUGGAGAUAUCACGGAAGCAUAUGAGACCUUUCAAUUGGGAUCAUCCAAAGAUGUGCUGAAGGUUGUCAUCGGCAUGGAAUAA